AUGAUGUCAACACAGGUUAGAAGUGCAGUCAGCAGGUGUGCACAGUUGACACAGACCAGAGUGCUCUCACUCACAGCUGGCAAGAUUCACAGUGGUCCAAAGCUUUUACUGAGUGUUUGGGAAUUAGCAGCAGAGAAUAAGAUCUAACAAUGGCCAACUUCGGAGGACAUGCCAUCCCUGGCUCUUUUUUUUUGUUUUUUGGCUUUUGGCUAACAGUGAAACACAUUCUUCAACACUACUGGAGGACAAGUCAGCCUAAAGGAAGACGGACCAUGCCACCUUUGUUUAAAAGAAUGGACUACGUGGAGGGAGGAUUUCAAAUCUUUGCUGCAUUUGUUGGUAUUAUGGUUGAACAGUUUGUGGUGGAUGGGCCACAUGCCCACCUCUACAACAACACCACCAAUUCAUGGGUCAAGCUGAUGAACUGGCAGCACGGCACAAUGUAUUUGUUCUUUGGGAUCGCUGGAAUAGCACUGGUUGCCAAUACUACAAAGCUGGUGCCAGCUGGCGUGGACCGCCUGGCUCUCUCCUUGGCUCUUUUUGUUGAAGGGUUUCUGUUCUACUACCACGUGCACAUGCGGCCCCCUGUGGACGCUCACAUCCACUCCCUGCUGCUCGUGGCUGUUUUUAGCGGGUCGGCCAGCACCAUGUUGGAGGUGUUCAUAAGAGACAACAUUAUUUUGGAGCUGUUCGGGGCAUGCAUGUUCAUCCUGCAGGGAUCAUGGUUCUACCAGAUCGGCUUUGUACUUUACCCGUUAAGAGGACCGCAGUGGGACCUGACACUGCACGACAACAUCAUGUUCAUCACCAUGUGUUUCUGCUGGCACUUAGCUGUCGCGCUGCUUUUAGUCCCCUGCAUCUCCUCUGUGGUUUGGUUCACAGUGAAGCGAUUCUCAAGCAAAGGACGGGACAUAGAGAUUGGAAUGCGAAAUACAUCAUCCAAAACGAGCUCCCAGAAAGCUUUGCUUGAAGAGUCGGAUGAAGAGUAAAUGCAUGGUUUUGGUUAUUUUGAAAAUUUUCUUAAAUUGAAUUUCAUUUUCUAUGUUGACAGUCUGUGACAGAGUCUGCUGUUUUGUACAAAGUAAUUUCGAUUUUUUUUUUUUUGUAAAAAAUAAAAACGUAUCUAUUUAAA